AUGCAAUGGGCUGACCUCCGAGGGCUGCGCAGCUCGGCCCUCAGAGUUGCCCGGAUGACCACAAUCGCAGCCCGACGACGGCUCCCGCUGUUACAGCAGCUGCCGUUACCACAGACGCCAGCACCUACACUCCGACGGUUCUUUCGCGCAGACCACGGCCCUGGCAAACGACUCUUCUCGACCCAACCCCAGCGCAGCUCACCCGACGACAAAUGGGGCAAGAAGAAACCGUCACGGAGAGAGGAGCCCAAGGCAAAGGCGCCUUCGCUUUUCGAGGAGCUAUUCCCGAACGAUGACAUUUACUCUCACCCGAAUCGUCGGGCCAACGAACAGGACGAUGGAGAAGGCAAAGGCAAGGUCAAGGUCCGGUUCCUGACCUCCACCGACCCGGAAAAGUCCGAGGCGACAGAGUACAGACUGAGGCAACUGGAGCGCAAGAACAAAUCCAGCAAGGCAGGGGGCGAAGCGGCUGGGAAGAUUGCAGACUUUUUCGAGUCGAGCGCGCGUGAAAAGAAGAAAAAGGACAAGGUCGCCGACGGAGAGAGCUCCUCCAUCUUCAACGAGCUCUUCUCGUCCCCGGGAUCGGGAGAAGCAGAGUCGGCGGCGGGAGCAGUGCUGGGCAAAGGAGGCGUCGAGGCCUUGUUGAGGAAUUCUCAGGCCGGUCAGAACUUAUUCGAAGAGAGAUCCGUAGACCACAACGACCUCCAGUCCUGGAUCGACUCCCUCCCUAAAGACGACGCCGCCAACACCGCCUCUUCAGAAGCCGCGUCCCCAAAGGAGGAGGAGGCGGCACUGGCCAAGGCCGAGCGCUCCGCCAUGCUAAUCCUCUCCAACGCCAGCCCGAAUCUCAUGGAGUCCGACUUUUACCGCAUCGGCCCCCAGGGCCAGCACCUCGACGGCUGGAGCGCCUCCAUCACCAAGGUCAUGCAGGCCUAUGACUACGGCACCCUGGCACCAAUGGACCGCUACUUCAUCCUCUUCGACUCCCAUGCCGCGGCAGCAGCGUACCAGCGCGAAGCGCAACGCCUCCACGCCCUCGCAGGCCGUGCCCUAACGUCCCCCGCCGCCGGCCUGACGUCCGCUGAAACCUCUUCCACAGCCUCCCAAACAUCAGUCUUUAGCCUCGCGCCUCCCUCCAAGACGCCCCUAAACCUCCACCUCUACAAACUCAACCGCGCCACCGAGGCCCGCCUCGAGACUUUCAGCAUCCAAGGCCUCCUCAGCAUGACCCCCGAACCGCCCCCGCGCGCAAACGCCCACGUUGUCCUCUCCCUCGACGGCGGCACCCUCGACCAGCGCAGCCUCUCCCACUGGAUCCGCCGCGACGCCCGCGACCGCAACCUGGGCUGGCCGGUGCAGCACCUGCGUCCGUACUUUGCGCCCAAGGUGCACCAGAGAACCGCGACGAAGGCGGAAAAGCUUACGGAGACCGGGGAGGGCCUCGUCUACGACGAAGACGACGCGGCUCCGGCGGCGACGGAGGCCAACUCGGGACGGAGAGGCACCACCCCCGACGCGCUGGACGAGACGGCCCCGUCCGGCCGGUUCGUGGUGUCGUUCCCGGACGUGCACGAAGCGAGGCGCUUCGUUCGUGCGUGGCAUAAAAAGGAGCUUAUCCUGACGAAUGACCAGAGCGUCAUCGUAAACACGCAUGUAGUGUGGUAA